AUGGGUGACCUUGGCUUUAACGCCUUCAUCUCCAUCUUUGUGAGCGCGGAUGAGAUGCAAUCGGACCAAAACAUAAUCAAGUUCACACAGACUGAACUGGUUCUGGAUUCCCGUGAACUGUACCUUGAAGAGAGAAACUCCACUGUAUUGAAGUAUCUAGAAAAUCUAUAUCGCGAGGUCCACGAGGCGCUGGGUGCACACGCUACCACAGCUGCUCAAGACGCCAAAGAUGUGGUGGACUUUCAGAUACAGCUGGCCAAAGCCACUGAACCAAAGGAGAAAAUGAUGGACAGAAUUAAUCAGCUCCACAGAAUGACUCUAGCGAACAUGACUGCCAGGUUUCCACAGUUUGACUGGCUGCGCUAUGUGCAAAGGCAGUUCAGCCAGAUGGGAUUAAGCUAUAACAUCAACCUGGAAGAGGUGGUGGUCAACGACGCUUUGGUGUAUUACACGAAUCUUUUCAAACUGGUUAAUCAAACAUCUGUCAGGACGUUGCUAAACUAUGGCAUGUGGCGUUUCGUACACAAGUUUCUAGAUUUCCUCGAUCCGAGACUCGACAAGGUUCGUGUUAUUGUUUCAGAUACAGACAGUCAAUCGUCAGAACGUUGGAAGACUUGUGUAAAAAUCACAGAAUUAUCGUUUCCAUACGCUGUGGGUAGACUGUAUGUGGACAAGAAAUUCUCGCCGAAUGACAAACGCAGGACGGAGCACAUGUUUGAAAAGCUGACUGUGGCUUUUAAGGAGAUGCUACUAGAAGUCACCUGGAUGACACAACGUACAAUGGAAAAAGCGUUGAAAAAGUUGAACAAUCUUGGCAACAAGAUCGGGUAUCCGGACUUAAUUCUAAACGACACAGCUCUCAACGCUAAAAGUGAAAUGUACAUAGUCGAAGAAAAUAAUUUCUUUGGAAAUAACCUGGAGAUUACAAAGAAAUUUCGGUUAUCGAUGCUUCAGAAACUGCGAAAGCCGGUGGACGUAACUGAGUGGCCACUGUCUCCUUCUACUGUCAAUGCUUUCCACUCAUAUCAGACAAACGAAAUAGUGUUUCCAGCAGGAGUCCUCAGCCCACCGUUCUACAGUAGAAAGUUAUCCGACGCGCUGAUGUUCGGUAGCAUUGGCUUCAUCAUCGGUCACGAGAUCACACACGGCUUUGACAUCUCAGGCAGCACAUUUGAUGAAAAAGGAAACUUGAACUUGUGGUGGACUGAAGAAGACUUUAAGAUCUUUCAAAAUCGGACCCAAUGCUUGGUGAACCAGUUCAGUCAGUUCGUAGACAAGGAGCUGAAUAUGCAUGUCAAUGGGUGGCUGACUUUACAUGAAAACAUUGCUGACAACGGUGGAGUCAAAGAAGCUUUCAGGGCAUACCGCAGUGUUAUCAAAGAGAGGGGCCGAGAGGAGGACAAGUACCCCUCAUUACCGUACACACAGGACCAACUGUUUUUCAUUGGAUUAGCUCAGGUCUUGUGUGGUAAAUUUUCACCAUCCUCUAGAAAACUCUAUCUGCUGUCGGAUUCCUACAGCCCCGAUAACUUUAGGGUGAUAGGAACUCUUCAGAACAGCGAAGACUUUGAGCGAGUCUUCAAGUGCCCUGUUGGAUCACCAAUGAAUCCUCGGCAUAAAUGUCAGGUCUGGUAGAAGUGAAGUCACUUAAGACCCUCACACUAUAAAUGGCGACUUAGAAGGCCCUAGGGUCCUUUAUUUCUCACAUUUCAUCUCGCAAUUGAUAUGCAUUUAGUUAUUGUAGGGAAAAAAGAAAUAUUGCAAGAACCCGACUUUCGGUCAAGUACUACUUUUGCUGGUUACCACUCUCUGAGCAGCUAUGUGCAAGAACAUCUAAAUGUUAUUUAAUUAGGGGUUGUAAUUAUUCUGUUUGUAUCAAUUUCAGUUAAUAUCUAUAUACUUGAGAUUAUUUGUUUUUGUAAUGCCUCAAAAUGUCACUGUACACGUGAAGCCAACACUACAUGUGUAUAUAUAUUUAUAGGAGGAAGAUCCCUAAUCUAGAUAUACUAAACAUGGGAAAGCUUAUUAACAUGUACCAGUUGUCUAGUAAAUUUGAUAUCCAAUGUGGCCUUAUUUUUACCCACUAACAUAUACAAGUUGUCUAGUAGAGUACAAGAACUCUAGCGUCGCUCUUUUUUGGUUUACGAUGCUGUCUACUGCUAAUAUUGAUGUGUGAUUUACAGCAAAUAGUAAAUAAACGAUAAUCGUCAACACCAGA